AUGUCAAGGAGUUUUCUAAGUAAUUUAUUCUUGCCCCAAACAUCGAAGUUUCGGUACUAUGCCAAAGAAGUCGAAUUUUCUGUUCCAAAGGAGAUUACUAUCAAAGUGCCUUCGAGAAGGUUGGAUACAGUUUUAAAAAGGACAUCAAACAUUGGCACAACGUGAGUUUUUAUUUUUUAAAAAUUUUAUUUGAAGUUUAGGUAACAUAUCUAACAUCAACUUCGUUUACGUAAACAUAUUUGAUAAUAUUGAAUUUUUGUAGUUCUCGUUUAUAUGACAAAGCUAGUUCAUUUUAUUCCCACAAUACCUCUUAUAAUUAACAUUUUAGUGCAUUGGAAAAGUCGCUAUCUAGAGGUUUGAUUCGCGUGAAUUAUGAAGUUUUUAAUAAAAAAAGUUACAACGUCGAACCUGGUGACAUUAUUGAGUUAUGGUUAGCUCCAUUACAGGACAAUGUUGAUCUGGCAAAGGUUCAUAACGUGGAAGUUGUGGACUACGAAAUAAAACCGGACAAUUACCAUAUUUUAGUGCAGGUAGACAAAGAAUUAGUCGUGCAGAACUGGAGAAGAGAGGAAGUGUAG